UUAGUAGAAAUAUAGUGGUCAACAGUAAACACUCUAAAUAUUUAUACAAAGUUGCAAUUUCAUACAAAUUGGUUACUCAAUAAAAUUCUUUCAAAUAAGAAGGUCAAAUAAAGUAUUUAUGAAACAAUGUUUUUGAAAUAUUUAUUUUUAAUUGGAACGGUCUACCAACUUGUCAAUUGCACCCCAAGAGGUAUUUUAGACUUUUUGGGUCAAACAUAUCGAUCUAACCUUAUAAAGUUUAAAGAAGAUCCCCAAUUUGGUAAUCAAUCAUUAUUGAAUGAGUACGAUUUCAUUGUAGUUGGUGCCGGUGCGUCUGGAGCAACUGUCGCACGCCGGCUAGCUGAAAUUACGGAAUGGAAAAUUUUAUUACUUGAAGCGGGAGGUGAAGAAUCAUUAGUAACUUCUAUUCCAGCUAUUGCUCAUUAUUUACAAUUUACAAAUUACAAUUGGGGAUAUAGAACAGAAUUAGAGUCCCAUGCUUGUAAAAGCCUAAUUAAUAAACGAUGUCCAUGGCCAGCUGGAAAAGGUUUGGGAGGAAGUACAAUUAUAAAUAACAACAUGUAUACAAGAGGCAAUGUAAGAGACUUCGAUCGAUGGGCGGAAGCAGGAAACAAUGGUUGGGCCUACAACGAUAUAAAACAAUAUUUCUUAAAAAACGAAGAUGUUAAUAUUCCAGAGUUGAAAAUAUCUCCACAUCAUGGAGUA